CGCGCCCUUCUUCCGCUGUCUUCGCUCUGCUCUCUCCUCGACUUCCGUCCCCGUGCCCGACGCCGGACGGUCAUCGAAGCCUCAGUGCUUGCUGCAGGUCACGUUGUCGGCUUUGUCCAGCCUCUGCCGUCCGCGGACGCUCAACCCGCGCGAAGCGUAAAUCGCCGUGGCUGGACGGACUCUACGUGCUGGCAGUCGCAGUCCCGUCCGCAUCCUGCAGCGGGCCUCUCAGAGUGCACGACGUAUUACUCGGCUGCUGUCGCCGUUGUGCUCGCCUGCGUGCUUUCUCCUUUGUCUCGGCACGACGCUCACGCCCACGUCGCAGAAGAGGCGUGAACGGCUUGUCUCGCGAUUCGGCCGCCCGUAGCCGUGCGUCAUACGGCAGGGUGCAUUCUGCAACCCCAUUUCGCACGUAGAACGCACUCGAAACCUCGCGACGAGAAAGUCUGGGCGAGUCGAGGAUCACGUUCACAUCUCACCAGGCGGAUGGCAACGAUACUGCAAAUGUCCCAGGAGACGGCUGCCGGGUAUCACAUCGCGAGCCCGUCGUCGCGUGGCCGAUACCCCACCGCGUCCUUGAGUGAGGUCGCGUCGGCUGCAUUGGCGAACGUGGGCACCUCAUCGUCCAGCGAUAGCUCACAGUCUUCGCACCAUGGCCAAUCGAUAGCAGGGCACGAUUUAUCGCUGGACUCACGCAAUGGUUCACAACGUUCGAGGGAAACGGGCGACAUUUCGCCAAAAUCCGCGCGUUCUGCCCAGAAGCAGCAGGACGUCUCUGGCAUACGGUUACAACGACCUGUCACACCGGAAAAACAAAUCACGAGCAUACGGACUAGUCCGACUAGCCCUACUUCGAAUGAUUCUCCUCGACAAAGACAGGGUGCGAAAAGAACUGCCAGUGGAGCUGUCAAGACAGUGAGCAAUGGCUACACAACAGCACACAUUGGACGCUCCACCUAUGCACCGGGUCACGCUCGAGCGAAAAGCUCUUCAAGGGCCGCGGAGAUUUCUUCAGCUCUGAAAACGCGUCUAAAGUACGCUAUGGUAAAGGUGAAUCAUGGUUGGGAGAAUCACUCGCUGGACCAGCUCGAGAAUAUAUCCCGCGGUGCCACGCCAUCUGUAUCUAGCCCUUCCACGACAUCGCCCCGGCGAAGACGCUUCAGCCUGCAUUCCGAAUACAACGACCACUAUGUCACCUCUCCAGACGUUCACAAGAGCCCAGCUCAGUACUCGCCUGGCUUUGUACAUCAUGUAUAUCCUAGAUACUCCCCGCCUAUGGUUGGGAACUCCAGCUCAACCCUUACUGUAUCUGGCACCCCUGCGCUUGCACCGGCUGCUCCCAUCGCACCAGGUCGCUCACACAGGAGGUCGCAGUCCACGAGGGCUCCACCGACGCUGAGCACGAGGGGCGUCGACGCUUACAGUCAGCCUACUACCCCGCAAAGACAAGGGAUUCUCCGCAUGCCUUCCCAACAGGCCGAAAAGGACGCCUUGGACAGCCUCCUGUUUAUGGCCAGUCCUAACAACUCUUCGUGUCUAAAAUACACGGACAGCCCUGCUGGCCCGAGUCCCUUGCGAUCAGAAUUUUCUCAGUCGGUCAAAAGAGUAGUUUUUGAAAGCUGAUACAUCGUCUGCAUGUUCAUCCGCUUGCAUUGUGGAUUUAAGCGAUACCCUGCUUAUCGACAUGGCUGGCGUUUUGUCCAUUCUUGUAGUUUCAACAUGGUUUGUGUGAAAGACGUCCCAUAUCUUCCCGCCGUAGACACGAGUAGUCUGUCUAUUGAACCAUUGUGCAUCGCAGCUGUAACGAUCUGACGACCAAAUGAAUGAAAUCAAUUCUUACACAUACCC